GUUUUUACCAGAUAUCAAACAUCCGACUACGAACAAUCGUUGGCCAAGGAUCGAACAAUGAGCGGCUCCUGCGCGCCGCGGACGAGGCCAUUUGACCCAGUGCCGCCGCUGAAGCGGGCGAGCGGCAUCGUCGUCGUCAUCGUCGUGGUCCUCGCGACGUUUGCGCUGCAGAUCAUCGCGUCGCACACGCGCAGGACGCGCAAGACGAACAAGGUGCAGCGCACCAAGCUCAUCAAGCGCCUUGGCGUCUCUGGCCAGCACCGCGACUGGACCAUCCUCGGCUUCUUCCACCCGUAUUGCAAUGCGGGAGGCGGCGGAGAGCGGGUGCUGUGGCAUGCCAUCAAGCACCAUCUCGAUGCCGACGAAAGCAUAAUUGCGGUUUUGUACACGGGCGACGUUGGGCCAGAGCUGUCACUCGAUGUGCCACUUGGCAAGGUGAAGAGUGCUGCACCUGAGAACGGCCAAGAUGGGCUCGGUCAGGCGGAGACGACGAAGCGGGAUAUCCUAGAGAAGUGUCGAUCGAGGUUCGACAUACCGCUCGAUGAGACACGCUACAUGUCGAGGAUCCAUCUGCUUCCGCUGCGCUCGCGACACCUCGUCUCAGACACCUACUGGACGCGUCUGACGCUGCUGGGCCAGAGCUGGGGAAGCAUCGUGCUGGGCUGGGAGGCAUGCAACCAGCUCCUGCCAGACGUCUGGCUUGACACGAUGGGCUAUGCAUUCACCUACCCCCUUGUGCGCCUCUUUGCGCCCUCGAUGCCGAUUGGCGCCUAUGUCCACUACCCGACCAUCAGCACCGACAUGCUCAACCGGGUCCGCGACCGGCAGGCGGGGCACACCAACAACGCGGCUGUGUCGACGAGUGCAGCGAAGAGCACGAUCAAGCUCGUCUACUACCGCCUCUUUGCCGCUGUGUAUGCGUGGUCGCUUCGCCGGGCAGACGUCCUCGUUGCCAAUGGCAGCUGGACAUGCAAUCACCUCCGGCAGCUCCUAGGCCGGCGCUCACCAGAAGCGCAGCCUCAGGUCGUCUACCCGCCCUGCGACACGGCUUCGCUUACUGGGUUUCCCCUCGUGCCGCGGAAGCGACUGACAAUUGUCAGUCUGGCGCAAUUUAGACCAGAAAAGGAGCACGGGACACAACUGAAAGCCGUCGGUCUCGCCAUUGAAAAGCGGCCGUCGUUGCGCAAAGAUCUCCGGCUCGUUUGCAUGGGCAGCUGCCGAAAUGAGGCAGACGAGAGGCGGAUACAAGACCUCAAGCAGCUGGCAAAGGACCUGAAAAUUGACGAUCUCGUCUCGUUUGUGGUCAAUGCACCCUACAGCACCAUCGUCGAGAAUCUGAGCCAGGCAAGCGUGGGCAUCAGCACGAUGGUCGACGAGCAUUUCGGCAUCAAUGUCGUCGAGUUCAUGGCGGCAGGCCUCAUUACACUCUCGCACGCCUCGGCAGGGCCCUUGCUCGACAUUGCCGUUGAAGUCGACGGCAAGUCGACGGGGCUGCAUGCGCACACGCUUCCAGAUUUCGCUGAGGCCAUUCUCAAGAUUGCAGACAUGGACGCUGCCGAGGACGAGGCCAUGCGCAGUCGAGCAAGGCGGCGAGCCAUCGAGACAUUUAGCGGUGCAGCCUUCGAAAAGGCAUGGCAAGAGAGACUCGCUUCGAGGCUCAUGACGCCGAGAAAGGACAAGUCCACAUGAAUGAGUGUCUAUUGAAGAGUCUAUUGUUGCCUGGUAUAUAUGAUUCGGUCAGCGGAGUGGCGCGCCACCGGCAGGCGCCGCCGCCGCCGCCGCUGCUGCUGCUGCUGCUGCCUCCUUUUGCUCGUGCUUAUAUGUGCGGUAGUCUGCAGCAUUGGCCAGGAUGAAUUCAGACAGCCGCUCGAAAGUGCGGUCCCCUGAAGAGAGCAGUCCGAGUCAGCGGGAAGGGGCUCAAAAGAAGUGCGGAAGCGUUGAGCGUACCUUGGAACUCUUUAUGCACUUGUCCGUCUCGAUACAGCAUAAUUGUCGGAUAUCCCUUGAUGGCCUCUUUGUUGCAAAGGUCUAGAAUUUGAGGCCCGCCAGUGAGCUUUUGCCCAGCGACUUCCACUCGCUCGCAAAGCAGAGCCCCUCUGCACAGAACAGACACUCACCUCCCUGCUCGAUGCAGUUGACCCGCGCAAAGUU